AUGGCUGGGCGAUCUCACUUCUGUUUCUUGGAUAGAUAUUCGGGGUACAAUCAGAUCUCAAUAUCCCCCAAAGACAUAGAGAAAACAUCAUUCACCUGUCCGUAUGGCAUAUUUGCCUUUCGGACAAUGCCUUUUGGACUUUGCAAUGCACCGACUAUAUUCCAGCGGUGUAAGUUAGCCAUUUUCACGGACAUGGUUGAAGACAUUAUGGAGGUUGAAGCUGUGGCUCUCCCAACCAAUGCUGCAAAGGGGGUGACAGGCUUUCUAAAGAAAAACAUCUUCACACGUUUUGGCACCCCGAGAGCUAUAAUCAGUGAUGGUGGAACCCAUUUUGGCAAUAGAGCGUUCGCACAGCUGUUGGAAAAGUAUGGAGUUCACCAUAAGGUGACCACCCUUUAUCACCCACAGUCGAACGGGCAAGUUGAAGUGUCAAACCGGGAAAUCAAAAGUGUCCUAACCAAGACACUGAAUGCAACAAGGACUGAUUGA